CCACAAACACCUCUUGUUCCUGCCAUACCCCGCGAAGCACUCAGACUUUACCCCGUUGAUAGCUCAGAUACCGACAAGCUCAUUACACGUUCUAUUGUCCUUGGUGAUUUCGAAUCUGCUGUUCAACUCUGCUUGGAUUCAGAGCGUCUUUCCGAUGCUCUCUUAUUGGCCAUCUGUAGCGGCGGUGAUUUGCUCGCCCGCACACAGAAGAUAUACUUUGAGCGCCAGGCCAAGAAGACUUCUUACUUGCGUCUUUUGGAAAGUAUCAUGAGUGAAGACCUUUCGUCUGUAGUCGAAACCGCAUCUUUGGAUGAGUGGACUUCGGUUGUGGUUGUACUCUGUACGUUUGCCAGAACCGAACAGUUUGGUGUCCUGUGUGAGGCUUUGGGUCUUCGUUUGGAAGACGCCUGGAAGGCAGAGAAUGACGAUAUUGAGAAAUCCAAUGCAUACAGACGUCAUGCCACCCUCUGUUACCUUGCCUCUGGUAACCUUGAGAAGGUAUCCAAUAUUUGGAUUAUUGAGCAGGAGCAAGAAGCCCAGGAAGAAAAGACCGAGGCUAGACUUGGCGCUAGUCUCCAAAAGCUGAUAGAGAAGGUUACUGUCUUCCGCAAGGCUAUUGGCUACGAAGAUGAUUCUCUG